AUGUCUGAUUCGUCCAGUUCGGAAGGAGAGGAGAUUGAGGAGUCUGUGCAAAGUCCGUUGAACAUUCAACGAACAAAGGGCAUCCAUGAUGGAGAUUCUUCUGAAGCUGACGAUGACGAGUUACACGAAGAGCAAGAGCCGAAAACGUUCAAACAACUGGGUGUCUGUGAUGCACUUUGUGAGGCAUGUGAACGAUUGGACUGGAAGAUUCCAACAAAAAUUCAAGUGGCAGCUCUUCCACACGCUCUCAACGGAAGGGACGUGAUAGGCUUGGCUGAAACUGGGUAA